CCACCGCAGCUUCGAACGAAAAUACAGUCCGAAUUCCCUUUCUCCUAUGAGUUCCUGUAUGCUUCAAGACCAUGGCUUGCGCCCGGGGCUUGCUGCUGCAGACCAAUCAAUUCCCUACUGGAACAACAAGGCCGACAAUGCAUGGCAGCUCACGGCAGCCACCAUGGUCGGCCUCCAAACUGUUCCGGGGCUGGUCAUCCUCUACGGCAGCAUGGUGAAGAAAAAAUGGGCUGUCAACUCCGCCUUCAUGGCACUCUAUGGCUUCGCUUCUGUGCUCGUCUGUUGGGUAUUGUGGGCACAUCGUAUGGCAUUCGGUGACCGAUUGUUCUGGCUCAUUGGUGUGCCAGGUGUAGCGCUGUCUGAAGGGUACCUUCUUUCACAUUCUACACAAGGCUGUUUCCCAAUGGCUGACUACGUGUUUUUCCAGUUCGCUUUCGCCGCCAUUACUGUCGUGUUGCUCGCCGGGUCCUUGCUGGGAAGGAUGAAUUUUGGUGCAUGGAUGCUUUUUGUUCCAAUGUGGCUAACUGUUUGUUACACUGUUGGGGCAUUCUGUAUAUGGGGGAAUGGGUUUAUUCAGAAGUACCUCAUUGAUUACGCCGGCGGCUAUGUCAUUCAUCUUUCUUCUGGGGUGGCUGGUUUCACUGCCGCUUACUGGGUCGGGCCACGACACUCCCGCGACAGGCAGAGCUUCCCACCAAACAACAUACUGCACAUGGUAUUCGGUGCAGGGUUUCUUUGGCUGGGUUGGACUGGAUUCAAUGGAGGAGCUCCAUUUGCAGCGGGUCGGAUUACAUCGCUAGCCAUUUUGAACACGCAUAUUUGCACUGCAACAAGUCUGUUGAUCUGGGUUUCAAUGGACAUCAUAGUAUACAAGAAAAGCUCUGUGAUUGGUGCAGUUCAAGGGAUCAUCACUGGCCUUGUCUGUAUCACUCCUGGUGCAGGGCUUGUGGACUCAGUCGCAGCUGUGGUGAUGGGCGUGCUUGCUGGUUUGGUUCCAUGGUACACCAUGAUGGUGCUGCACAGGAAGCUGGCAUUCCUUCAGUGUGUCGACGAUACUCUGGGUGUCUUCCACACACAUGCUGUGGCUGGCUCCAUGGGAGGACUCCUCACAGAAAGCUCAAAGAUGGCCUCAAACAAAUUGGCAUCCAGUUCGCUGGAGCAGUGUUUAUCACCCUCUGGAAUGCCAUCUUUACCAGCAUUAUCUGUUACCUGAUUAGCCAUAUUGUUAACUUAAGAAUGAAAGAAGAGGACCUGGAAAUAGGCGACGACGCUGCUCAUGGAGAAGAACCCUAUGCAUUGUGGGGCGACGG